AUGUUGGAGAUCGAAUGGCUAAAAGGCGUGAAAAAGACGCGUGUGGGCUAUGCUGGAGGCACGACCAUCAACCCGACAUAUCGAAAUAUUGGCGACCAUACAGAAGUGACUGAAGUGCAGUUCGAUCCGUCGCAGAUCUCGUACCGCCAAGUGCUCGAUUUCUUCUGGUCACAUCACAAUCCAGCUGAACUACGGAAAAAGCAGUACCAGUCGGCGAUCCUCUACGAGACAGAGGACGAGAAGAAGAUCGCCGAGCAUACCUACGCUCAGGCUCGGACGAAAUACGGCAACAUAGAGACGUAUGUGGUCAAGUUGGACAAGUUCUACCAGGCUGAGGACUAUCACCAGAAGUACUGGCUCCGAAACAGGCAUGACAUAUUCGAUGAACUCAAGCUGAGUGAUGACCAAGUCGCCAACUCUGUUCUGGCAGCCAAGGUAGGCAGAGCGUUUCAGCUUUGA